AGAUAUAAAAAAUUUUGGGCUCCAUUCUGACUAAGUUUCUGCAUUUCAAAGUAGCACCUUUUGGCUCUCUAGUUGUGGUCUAAUACAUAUGCUUUCACUGCUACUGCUUAAACCGCAGGUCCAGCAGCACAUUAUUGAUGUUAUUUCUCAUAUAUCUUCAACAACAUCAAAGUUCCCUAAAAAGUGUGUUAUACUUUGCCUUCAAGGAUGCUAUGGAGAAAGCAAUUAAAAAUAAAGUUGCAAAAGCUGUUGUACCUGCGGUAGAUGUCAUGUUUCAGGCCUUAAGAGAAUUUGGCUCAAAGGUUAUCCCACCAAAAAGAAUUUUGAAGAUGCUUCCUGAAUUAUUUGACCAUCAGGAUCAGAAUGUCCGAGCUUCUUCUAAGGGCCUAACAUUGGAACUAUGUCGAUGGGUUGGGAAGGAUCCAGUGAAAUCUAUACUUUUUGAAAAAAUGCGUGAUACAAUGAAAAAAGAACUUGAGGCUGAGCUUGUUAACGUUACCGGGACUGCAAAGCCAACUCGCAAAAUAAGAUCUGCCCAAGACAAGGUGCUAGAACAGGAUGCUAUGCCCACGAGUCCACGACAGCUUGCUCUGGACCUUCUGAAGAAUCCGCUGCUGACACCCACAGGAAAUAGAUGAAUAUGAACUUGUUGAUCCUGUUGAUAUUUUAACUCCUCUUGGAAAGUCUGGUUUUUGGGAUGGAGUGAAGGCUGCAAAGUGGUCAGAACGAAAGGAUGCUGUUGCAGAGUUAACAAAGCUUGCAUCGACAAAGAGAAUAGCACCUGGAGAUUUUUCUGAAAUUUGCCGCACAUUGAAGAAGGUCAUCACUGAUGUGAACAUUGCUGUAGCUGUUGAAGCCAUACAAGCAAUUGGGAAUCUUGCUAGGGGACUAAGAGCCCAUUUUUCAGGAAGCUCACGGCUCCUACUACCUGUUUUACUGAGCAUGUUGAGCAACCACAAGAUGGUGAUGAGGAUGCUGGUGAUUUCUUUUCAAGCCUUUUUCGUAUGCCCAAUUUUGAAUAGAGUAAUACAUAAGGUAAUGAAGAUGUUUCCCCCCAUCAUUUUACCAAGGUUUGCAAGGCUCAAGGUUUCAUCUCAAUCCAGCUCACUCAUUGAUUACUCUCUAUGUUAUGGCCUCUUGUUACAUGUUUUAAAUUAGGAUUUGUAAAGAGUAGGUGGUAGGUCUUUUGCUUAUUCCUUAUCCAGUUACACCCAUAUAGUACAAGAGUAUACAUAGUGCAAAAUGCUUAGUGAAUAAAAUACAAGUUAGUAUUGGUACAAGUGUCUCUUAUUUUUUUAAUUCAUUUGUAGUAAAUGUGCAUUAAUCCUCCAUUAGCAAUAUAAACACCAAAAACUUGUCACUACAAAUCAAACUACUAUUUCAUGAAGUCAACAAAUUGGGUACUAUUUCCUGAUGCUAGAUCAAAGAAAAUUGGAUUAUAAGGACAUUUAUUUUGCUUUCGUACAUAGUUCUUAUUAUUCAUUAUUGUAUAUGUAAUCUUGUGUUGUCAGCAUAUUGAUGUGAUUAAACUGGUGAAAGUAAUGACUCUAGAUAAAUUGGAAUUCAUGCAAUGGAUGAAGCACUACUGCACUACUGUGAUUUUGUACGAGGAGGAAGAGCUGCACUCAAGUAAAUUCAUGAUUUUAAUUUUUCUGUUUUUGAUGUGUCUAUCUGCUUCCAUUAAUUACCUUGCCUUUAAAAUCCUGACAUGCAUAUGCAUUAACAUAUAAUUCGUACUUUAUACAAGUGGGUUUGUUUGGUUUGGAUAUUCAGAUAUUCUAGAGCUGUUUUUAACACACUU